GUGCCGGCCCCAACUUUGCUUUUGAACUUGUGGUUCGAAGAUUAGAAUCAGACAAGGAUAAGGUUCGAACUAUGAUCUUUCUUCAAUGAUUUUCUUCAUGGUUGCUGCUGAAUCGCGGUCGGUGAGACAGAAAACUCUCAAAAGAUUUGUUGAGCUCACCAGUUCUUUUGGUCUUUCCCAAGAGGUGAUGGCUCCUGGUUAUGGACUGGCAGAAAAUUGUGUGUUUGUUAGUUGUGCUUACGGUGAAGGGAUUCCCAUCUUGGUAGAUUGGCAAGGAAGAGUUUGCUGUGGAUAUGUGAAUCCAGAUGAUGCGGAUGUUGACAUUAGAAUAAUUGAUCCAGAAACCGGCAAAGAGCACGAAGAAGCUGGAAAGGAGGGAGAGAUAUAUGGAUUAGCAGUCCAAGUGCAGGAAUUGGAUACUGGGGUAGGGAGGAUCUGAGUGAGAGAACUUUCGGAAAUAUAUUUCAGAGUUGCCUCAAUAAAAAGUACACAAGAACUGGUGAUUUGGGGCGGAUAAUUGAUGGGAAGUUGUUCAUCACUGGUAGAAUCAAAGAUCUUAUCAUUGUUGCUGGUAGAAACAUAUACUCGGCAGACGUAGAAAAGACAGUUGAGAGCUCAUCUGAACUUAUUCGCCCAGGUUGCUGUGCCGUCAUUGGGGUUCCAGAGGAAAUAUUGUCAACAAAAGGGAUAUCAGUUCCUGAUAGUUCUGAUCAAGUAGGCUUGGUUGUCAUUGCAGAGGUCAGAGAUGGUAAACCUGUUCCUAAACAUGCCAUUGAACAAAUUCAAACCCGAGUUGCAGAAGAACAUGGGGUCACUGUUGCUUCUGUUAAGCUAAUCAAGCCCAGAACCAUCAGUAAAACAACAUCUGGUAAAAUCAAGAGGUUUGAUUGCCUCAAACAGUUCACUGAUGGAACACUCAAUUUAGUGCCAGAUCCAAUUAUGUCAAAAAGAUUUCUGGCUCGUUCCUUCACUACAGGUACAUGUAAAGAGGGAAAAACACCUCGAUCUCAGAUGGUUAAUGGUCCUCCUUUACCAUUUACGAGAUUGGGUAACAAAGAAAUCACAGAGUUUCUGAGGCGGCUUGUUUCAGAACAGACAGGUAUUUCUAUCAACAAGAUCUCUACAACUGAGAACCUGGUAUCUUAUGGAAUUGAUUCGAUUGGUGUAGUCAGAGCAGCUCAAAAGCUUUCAGAUUUCCUAGGAGUGCCAGUGGGGGCAGUUGAUAUUUUCACUGCCACUUGCAUUGAAGAACUUGCAUGUUUCUCAGAGGAUCUUCUUAAGAAGUCUCAACCUCAGAGUACAACAAUUCCAUCUUAUCUUCCAGAACCAGAGACUGAUUCUUCUGAGUUGAUACCUGAAGUUUCCCUUUCUUUCCAACUGGGAAUUUGCUUAUUACAACUUCUAGCUCUUACGUAUGUUUCCUCCAUGCUGAUCCUCCCUGCAUAUAUAUCAGUUUCUGCUUUUAUGAAUCUGAUAUCUUUGAGCCAAAGUCCAUGGUUGAAUUAUAUGAUUUCCCUAGCCUUUGCCCCGCUUGCUUGGAUCCUUUGCACAUUCUUAACCUGCAUUUGUAUUGCUUUCUUCGGGAAUUCAUUCCUUCAACCAAACUAUGCCCUCACCCCUGAAGUUUCCAUAUGGUCAACAGAUUUUGUGAAAUGGUGGGCACUCUACAAGGCCCAUGAAGUUUCUUCAAGAGUUAUGGCAGUGCAUCUACGAGGAACAGUGUUCUUGAAAUUUUGGUUUCAAAUGCUUGGGGCUAGGAUUGGAUCAUCAGUUUUGCUCGAUACUGUUGACAUUACAGAUCCAUCACUAGUUUCUAUAGGAGAUGGGGCUGUGAUUGCAGAAGGGGCAUUGGUUCAAAGCCAUGAGGUGAAAAAUGGAAUCUUGAGUUUCCUUCCAAUAAAAAUUGGAAGCAAUUCUUCGGUUGGUCCUUAUGCCUUGAUCCAGAAAGGAAGUGUUCUGGGAGAAGAUUGUGAAGUACCAGCUUUGCAAAAGACAGAAGGAGGCAAGCCUGUUUUCAAAUCUACCAGGGGUAAAAAUAUUCAGAAGGGUGCAACACUGCAAAAAGCCACUAGUGAUACUCAAACUGGAGCUAUUUACCACCUCAUGGGUAUCUACGUGGUUGGUUUUCUCAGCUCCUUCUCAGCAGCUAUCCUUUACUUCCUCUAUAUUUGGAUAUCCCAAAAGCCUCCUUCAAUACAACAUUUUGCAUUCCUCUGUAUCUCUGGUGCCUUCCACUGGUUUCCUUUUGCCAUCAUUGCAUAUGCCACUAUGAUUGGUAGUGCCUUUUCGACAGCAAAGAGCUUUGCCAUCUCAGUUGCCAUUGCUUACCUUGCUCAUGGCUUGAUACUCAGCUUCCUCACUGCUAUUGUGGCCCAUUUUCUUACCAGACACCAGGAAACAAAGCAAAGCCACUUGCAAACUUGGCUUUGCCACCGGAUUACCAUAGCCUGCCACCUUAGAUUUGCCAAGCUGCUUUCUGGAACAGAAGCCUUUUGCAUGUACUUUCGUCUUUUAGGUGCAAAAGUUGGAAAACAUUGUUCUAUUAGAGCCAUAAACCCUGUUUCAGAACCCAAGUUAAUUUCAAUCGGUGAUGGUGUCCAUCUAGGUGACUUCAGCCGGAUCAUAGCUGGUUUCUAUUCAUCCAUUGGGUUUGUAUCUGGUAAAAUAGAGGUGCAAGAUAACUCUGUGGUGGGGAGUCAAAGCCUAGUCCUUCCUGGUUCAGUUAUGCAGAAGGAUGUUCUUCUUGGUGCACUUUCUGUUGCUCCAAUGUAUUCAGUUCUCCGAAGGGGUGGUGUUUAUAUUGGUUCUCAAAAUCCAAUCAUGAUCAAGAACACCAUGCAUGCUUUGGAUGAACGAAUAGAAGAGAUGGACAUGAAAUACAAGAAGAUAGUUGGAAAUCUAGCUGCAAAUUUGGCUGCGACAACUCUGAAGGUUAGAACAAGAUAUUUCCAUCGAAUUGGUGUCAGUGGGAAGGGAGUUUUGAAGAUAUAUGAUAACAUCAAAAGCUUUCCAGAUCACAAGAUAUUCCAACCUGGAAAGAGUUAUCCUGUCAUAAUUCGGCACAGUAAUAGCUUGAGUGCUGAUGAUGAUGCUAGGAUCGAUGCACGUGGUGCAGCGGUAAGAAUUUUCUCAGAUAAAGCAGGUGCAGAUUCUCCGCUGCUUGACUUGACCUUGAAGACAGGCAAUGCAUUCUAUGCCCGGACAAUUUCUGAUUUUGCAACAUGGCUUGUAUGUGGUCUACCUGCAAGGGAAGCACAUGUGAAGCGUGUCCCACAUGUUCGUGAUGCAGUGUGGAAUUCCCUACGCAAUUCAAACUCAUAUACCGAGAUGCAUUACUACUCUAAUAUAUGCAGACUCUUCCGGUUCAUAGAUGGACAGGAAAUGUAUGUGAAGUUCAAGUUGCGGCCUUUUGAUGAAAAGAUCAGUGAAGAUUCAGGUAGAGUGGUGCCCAUUGGGAUUCUCCCUCCAGAAACAGGGGCAAUUCCAAGGGAUGAAAAUGACAGUCGCCCGCUACUUUUCCUUGCUGAAGAUUUCCAACACCGCAUUGAUUCACCUGGUGGGGUCCGCUAUGUUUUCCAACUCCAAUUUCGGUCCAUACCACAGGAUGAAGCCAUUCGAGACAUUGCACUUGACUGCACAAAGCCAUGGGAUGAGACUGAGUUCCCAUUGAUUGAUGUUGGGGAGAUAGUUCUUGAUCAAAAACUCACCAAAGAACAAUCAGAGGAGUUGGAGUUCAACCCCUUCCUCCGAUGCCCCGAGGUGGAUGUCAUCCGAGCUACAUCGUCUUCCCAGAGUGCUUCAAUUGAUCACGGCCGUUCAUUGAUCUAUGAGAUUUGCCAGCAUUUGAGAAAUGGGGAACCACUUCCCGAGGCAUGGAGGUCCUUCAUAGAGCAAUCCGAUGUUAAAGUAGAUCUUUCUGGCUGUCCUAUGGCGGCAGCAUUGGAAAAAAAGGAUACACAAGAAGUGACUUUGGCAAGGACUUGGUAUCAAGCUUCAUGGGCUAUAUUUGGUCAACCUAUUCUACAAACUGUUCUUCCAUAUUACUUCAUGGGGUUAGUAAUCUUUGGUCCUCUAAGUUGGGUUCUUUACAUGAAGGACACCAUGAAGUAUCCAUUGCAUUGGUUGCUUCCUCUGUUCUGGGUUUCUUCAGGGAUUUUGACUGCAUUAGCUUGUGUUAUGGCCAAAUGGGUCUUGGUGGGGAAGAAAAAAGAAGGCAAAACAGUGCUCAUUUGGAGUAAAGAAGUGUUUAUGGACACUAUAUGGCAAGCUUUUAGGACAGUAGUUGGGGAUUAUUUCAUGCAAAUGACAGGAGGGUCUGUUUUGUUUGUGAUGUGGAUGAAGCUUAUGGGAUCAGAUAUUGAGUUUGGUGCUUAUGUGGAUAGCAUGGAAGCAGUUUUGAACCCUGAAAUGGUGGAGAUUGAGAGAGGUGGUUGUGUGGGUAAGGAAGCUCUUCUGUUUGGACAUAUAUAUGAAGGUGAAGGAGGAAAAGUUAAGUUUGGGAAGAUCAGUAUUGGGGAAGGUGGAUUUGUGGGAAGUAGGGCUGUUGUGAUGCCUUCAGUCAGAGUGGAAUGUGGUGGCAAGCUCAGUGCUCUCUCUUUGGCCAUGAAAGAAGAAAUUGUCAAGUCUAGGUAAGGUAGACGGGUUGAUUGCUUGACAAUAAUGUUAUGAUGAUUAUACUCUUUUUUUUCUUUUUAUAUUUGGUUUGUUCACCAUUUUAUGUUAAACACUGUAUUGAUUUAAUGAGUCUCGUCACUUGUUAUCAAUGCAAUGGUGACAUAUGAGAUGGUGUACAAAAAUAAUAAGAAAAUAUGAUCAUCAUAGUAUUAUUGAUAACCAAACCCUUAUAAUGUGACAAGUAGUAACCCCAUUUUUAACUACAGUGUAAUUUUAUAUUGUAAAGCUGGUCUAGUAAUAAAUAAAUCACCAGCUUUUUAAUUUCUAUAGAGGAAACAUCAGUUACAGAAACUCUCUCUCUCUCGUUUAUACAUGGCCUGCAAUGUGAGUUGAGUCUUGCCAAGUCAUUGUAGUAAAAUGCUAAAAAAAAAAAAAAAAAAACCUGCCAUGACAUCUAAAAAAAAGAGAG